AAAUACAGUCAAACCUUAUUACCUAACCGCACUGCGCACGCGUUUUCGUUGAAGCAUAUGGCUCCAAAUUUCCUGCUAAUUUUCCAGUAAUCUUCUCGCGACAAUUUUACAAAGAGGAAGUUAAAAUCUCGAGCUUUUGGUGAUGGAAAUUAGGCUUAUUUUUCAUCCCACCUCAUUGAAAACUUUCUUAGUUUCUUCGGUGUACUCUCUCACACCUGACCUCCUCUCUCUUCUCUUCACUGGUAGAAAUCCGUGCCAAGAUGAGCUUAGUUAACUCGCCAUCCUCCGAUGCUUUUCAUGUCCCUGGCAACAUCGUGAAUGAUAGUAUGCCACCAGCAACCAAUCCCAUCUAUCAAGUGGAAGAGAUCCCAAGUGAGAACUACUUGACACCGAGUGCAAGCAACUUUGAUCCUAAUAUGACACAUGCCUCGAUAAUGAACACUCCUAGCAUGCUAACACCACAUGGAGUGACACCAGCAACCAAUUCGAUGAAUUUUCAAGAGAGAGAGUUCUCAGUUGGAAACCUUCAGUCUCCUAUGAUGACACAUGCCUCGAUAAUGAACACUCCUAGCAUGCUAACACCACAUGGAGUGACACCAGCAACCAAUUCGAUGAAUUUUCAAGAGAGAGAGUUCUCAGUUGGAAACCUUCAGUCUCCUAUGAUGACCCAUGCCUCAAUAAUGAACACUCCUAGCAUGCUAACACCACAUGGAGUGACACCAGCAACCAAUUCAAUGAAUUUUCAAGAGAGAGAGUUCUCAGUUGGAAACCUUCAGUCUCGUAUGAUGACACAUGCCUCGAUAAUGAACACUCCUAGCAUGCUAACACCACAUGGAGUGACACCAGCAACCAAUUCGAUGAAUUUUCAAGAGAGAGAGUUCUCAGUUGGAAACCUUCAGUCUCCUAUGAUGACCCAUGCCUCAAUAAUGAACACUCCUAGCAUGCUAACACCACAUGGAGUGGGACCAACAACCAAUUCGAUGAAUUUUCAAGAGAGAGAGUUCUCAGUUGGAAACCUUCAGUCUCGUAUGAUGAUUCGUGCCAAUAUGAGCAUCGCUAGCACUUCAUCCCAUGAAGCUAUCUCUGAAGGACAAGUGAACUACUCGAAUCAAGAGAGCGAAGGGUUGCUUAAUCGUAACCAGAUGAAUGACUCGAAGAGGAGUAUAGGCAUUAAAAGAAGCUUGGAUGCUAGAGAAAAGGGCACAGAGGAACAAUGCAACUUCCAUCAAUCACUAGAACCGAAAAAUAAAAAAUUAACCCUCGAACAGCUUGGAGAGAAAGAUGAGAAGCAAAUAAACAAGAUAAUGACAGAUCGGCUUAACAGGCAGCUAGAGCAGGACAAAAAGUCAGAUAUGGAAUUAGUGCACACCAAGCAAUGGCCAGCACGACAGGAUGUGGAAGAAAUUAGGCAAGACUGCAAAGAAAUAGCUAAAAAAUAUGGUUUAAAAACACCUGGGGCGAAGCAAAGAUUGCUCGAAGUAGCAAGCAAGUUGGAGAUAAAACAAAAAGCACGUGAGGACUCUGAGAACCCUUUCACUAAUAUGGAUCACAUCGUGAAUAAUUUAGGUUUAUAUUUCGAUGGUCGAUUCAUUGAGGCAGUAAAAGAAAAGUUUUCUCUAGAUCUUGGUAAUGGUCAUUCUGCAAUGUCUCCACCUCUACCCUCUGCUUUUAAUGAUUUGAAAAACCAAGUUUAUGUCCAAGGCAACAAACAAGUGGAGCCAGAAGAUUUUCAAGGUUUACCAGAAGAGUUGAAGAAACUUCGUUGGGGGGAAAUUCCAAGCUACCUUCAACCUAUUGCGAGCCAAAUCGUAAAGGAUUUUGCAAAAGUUGAGUUUAGCCAUACUACAGCUCUAGUUCUGUUUUGUGCUGCAGUAAAAGAGAUGGAAGAUUUUUCAGCUGAGAAAUUGGACUUGGAUACGUUAAAGAAGUGGGAGGCAACACUUAAAAAGGCUAAGGAAGUUGGUUUUCAAGUGGGAUUUGCUGAUGAUUUGUUAAGGAAGAAUUUGCUUGCCUACUUUGCUCACACACAUAUUCUUGGAGGAGGCUAAAAAAAGGAAGUUGGAGAGAUCAAAGGUGACUCAGCUCUCAUUGCUGAGAAUCAAAAGGGUGUUUUGCAUUCGCAGCAAAAUACACUGAACUUAUUUGAUUUGAUGCACUUUGGGUUUCAAUAUUUACUUUUCUCUAUUUAAACUAUUUGGUUUUGGGUUUAAAAAAAAAAAAAAACUAUAUGGAUACUUGGGUGUUUUGCUUGGACUUGGUGUUUUGCAAUCAUUUAUAUUAUAUGGUUUUUGAGACAUUGAUAUAUUUCA